AGCGUGAUGUAAUAAACAGCUGUAUUUGACGUUAAUUUACUGAGCUGAAUGAAUAUACAUUUAUUCUUGUAAUAUGCUUUGGUCAUUUAAAGAUUGGGUUAGCUGUGAACAAUAUACAAGAAUUCAAGAAGGAUGCCGAUCUUUCCAAAAAGAAAAUGCAGGUCGAAUUUGCAUUGGAAUUAGAAAGAUUAUCAACAUCGACCCUGCUGAUAAAGAUUUUCAAUUUUUUCUCCUCAAAGUAUAAAAAAUAUAUAUCCCAAGACGAGACUGACGAGAAUGUCGCAACAUUUAGCAAAGAGGAAAGCCGUGUAGAAGUCGAAAAUACAAACCAACAGACAAUUCAAAAACAGAAUGAUUGUAUGGAGACAUUUUAUCCAAAUAAUCUAGGCUGGCUCGAGGAAAAGUUUGCGGAAUCAUGGAAAUUAACUGAAAGUGACAUAAAAUCAGGAUUACAAAAUGAACAAGAUGAAACGACAAGAAAUAUAGCUCAACUUGAGAGGAAAAUAGGCACACUCGAAUCCCAUUUGAAGACACAAUUGGAUAAAAUUAUGCACAAACUAGAUUUUGAUUUAACAGUUUAAAAAUGGUUUAGAAUGUUUGGAAUAAUCUAUUCCUAAUGCAUACAUUGCUCAAACUACGAGUAUAAACAAUGCUGAUAUCAUUCUAAAAUACGUAAGCUGUACAUGUUAAGAUAAAAUAACGUUUUUAAUAUGAAAAUAAUAUUGACAGACCAGCGAGUGUUAAUAACUUAGAUUUAUCAGAAGCAAGAAAAACAACAAUUGUCCAUGAAACUUGUAUUCUCUGUGUGAUUGAAUUUGUCCAUAAGAUCAAAGCCUGAAACACGCCUAGUAUUUUCCAGAGUGGCAUUCAAUUUUGACCGCAAAAACGUGCUUGAAUCAUUUAUACCAAAGGACCCAAGAAUUUUAAAACAUUAUAGUGAAGUACGAUCAAACUUCAUGUAUUUUCAAACAAAUUCCAUGUAAUUUAAAUGUACAUUAAGUUUAUAUUUGCACAAUAUUUAUAUGUUAUUUUGGAUAAUUUGCUUACAAUUUUAUUUUUAGUGUCUUUUUGUGUUUUUUUUUCUAUUUUUGUGUGUAUUUUUUGUUGUUGUUAAUUUUUAUCUUUACAUACUCUUUGUAACAGAUAAAAGUACAAAUCUACGAAAGGACAUGCGAUAGUGUGCACGAUGGAAAUCUGUAUAAAUAAAUGUGAAUAACUGUUGAAUAUAUGAAUAGAAAAAAAACAUAUAUAAUGAAGGAGUCUGUGAGUUUAACUAAAAUUUGGACUUAUAUAGGGUUUUUUUUUCUUUUUGUUUGUUUGUUUUGUUUUCUGUUGUUUUUAAACUAAAUAACACUCGCAUACAUUUAAUCUCCUGCGAAAAAAAAAUUUAACAUAGGAUAUACCACAUAUGAUAUACUUUCGUGAUAUAUUUCUGUUAUAAAAACAAUAAAAUGUGGAUCAAGUAUAUAUUGUAUAUAUUAAAAACAAUAAAAUGUGGAUCAAGUAUACGUAUAUUGAUUGCUGGUUUGAUUGUCUUGUCUGAAAAAAUUGUAGCUUUAUUCCAAAAUAUUUUAGAGAGAUACUUAUGAUAAAAUCGCUAACAAAGAUUAUUGCUACAUGUGUUUCUUGAAACUAACACAAAGUUGAUUUACACACGGUUACAUAUUUGUCUACACGACCUUUGCGAAUAUCAGAAAAUAAAUAUAGUCUAGUAUAUGUGUCAAUUUAUCGAUAAAGGUUGUGCAUGCUUAUACAUGAAUUUUCUACGAAUUGUCGCUUUUAAUCACUUUGCAUUUUUAGCCCUGUAUAGAUUUUGCGUUUAAUAUAUCUAUAAGAAAAUGUAAAACACUUCCGAUCCGGGGAAGAUCCUAGUAAAUUGGUCAGUCCUUUACCAAAUGAAAACAUGUCUGAAAUGUUAGUCAAUAAAUAAGAUUAAUUUUAUGAAUAUGUGAUGUGACAUCAUCUACCUGAAACAAGAUAUCUAUCUACAUUGUUAAUGAUUUUUAAGCCAUAUAAUGAAACAGCAAUUUUUAAUACAUUAUAUUCUGUACCCUUCGGAUUUUUAACAAGGACGGCAACGAAAUGAAAAUGAAUAUUACAAUGUCUGAAAAAACGUACUUCAUCAUUUUGCAUCUAUGAAUUUGUAACCAAGUCAACUACCCAAAAGGUCUAAGGAGAUAACAGAUUUUUUUUAAAUUCUAAUUUGUCCGUUUGUCUUCCACAUGCUUAUUAAACUAUGUAACUACAUGUAUAUAAUACACCGGAUAGAUAUUUUGUGUAUUUAUGCAUUAAAAUUUGCAAUUUUGAUUAAUAAUCUGACGUAUGGUAAAUUAUACUUUUUACUAUGCUUUUGUAUAUUUAAUUAUAGCUUUUGUACCUUCGAAAAUUACUGCCAGCUUGUAAAUAAAUUCAUAAUGAUACAUUUUUUUUACACACAAUUAAAAAAAAGUAUGACUUUAUACAUGUAAUGAGUUUAAAAUUUUUAACUACAAUAUACAGUGUAACUUCCGAAAACCGAACACCCAUGGGACUUGUCAAAAAGUUCGGAUUUCAGAGGUUUCCGGAAUUCAGAGGUUUAUGAUAAUGUGGACAAGACUAAGCCACUUAAUAUCACUAAAUGUCAAGGAAGAUGUGGCCAUUACUGGAAUAUCAUAUAUAAUAGUCUUUUAAUCAAGAUAAAGAUGUGAAUGAAAAGAAUACAUUUUUAUCUUACACCUGCAAAUGCUUUUGAAUUUCUAUCAGUUUGUAGAAAUGUUGUUAAUUGCAUAAACUUACACAUCGUCCGAUGCUAGUUAAUUAAUUAUUACAUCAAAUGCAAAAAAAUCCCUAAAGAGGUUUGAUGCAUACCUUGUCCCAACUAAUUGUGAUUUAAUCCGCUAAUAAACACUUCAAAUUAACUGACCACGGUAAAUUACUUUGAUUAACCGCAUCACUUCAAACAUACCAUUUCACAGUUUGUGAUUUUAACGCGUGUCAAAUUACACGAUCACCGCUAAUUAGUAAACAAUCGAUAGGGAGAUUAAAUCUUCCUGCAGGGUAAACAUUCUCAAUUUACAAUGUAUUUCACACCUUUGGAUAUUUCCGGUUUUCGGAGGUAAAAUUGCAUUGAUUUGACUCUAAUUUUACGAAAAUAUCGUCCGGAAUUCAGAAUUUAGAAGUUCCGGAAUUCAGAAGUAUUAUAUUAAUAGGAAAUAGAAGGGAAAAAAUCGGGACCGAAAAAAUUGUUCGGUUUUUAGAAGUUUCCGGAUUUCAGAAGUUCCGGAAUUCGGAAGUUACACUGUAUCAA